UUAUGAACAAAAGUUGCAGCUGCAUACAAAGGAUAAGAAUCCGACCACCAAUAAAUCCUAACAUUAUCUACACUAAAGUUGGCUAAACAAUCAGCCAUGUAAUUACCGUGACGAUAUAUAUGAGAAACUCGAAUCCAAAAGAAACUAAAGUUGAUAUGAUUCCUAAAAGCCCUAUUAUAUAUAUAUAUAUAUAUUUUUUUUUUUUUUUAAAUUUGUGAACCACAAUAUUUGUUUUUUUUUUUUUUUGUUUUUGACAAAUUUAAUUAUAUUGCUUGAUCACUCAUGUCGACAAAAACUCAACCUAAUCAAUGUGAAGAAUUCUAGUUCUAUUGCAAGACAAUCUGACAUGAAAACAUUUACACUACGUGUGUGUGUAUGAGUAAUUUAAUGAUUCAUAUCGGAUAUUGGAAGUCUAAUUAACAAAGAUAUAAAAAGAACAAAUUUAGAACUUUUAAGCCGCGUACAAGAUGUAAUUUUAACCAAGAUGGAGUUGAAUUAAUUCCACGCACCAUACUUCACAAAUAUUAUGUAUAUAUGUUCCUGCAAGGAAAAAAGACCGAAGUAUUGAUUAAUUCUUAGUGCCGACUUAUGACUCAAGAAAAAGGAGGAAAUCUUUUAUUGUUGACCGAGUAAAAAGUAUGGCAGCAUUCUUGAAUCUUUUCCAUAUAAAUAGGAAGAGAGCUCUGAAGUCGUUCUUCAAAACAAAAACAAAAUAAAAUGUCUCAGUUUGCUCUUCUUUUUUAUUUUCUGAUCACAGUUUCAGGUUUUAGCGAAGGAAUUACAACAUUUGGAAUUGCCAAUACAAUCGAGAAUGAAUCCGGGAUGGGAAUACUAGGUGCUAUUAUCGACAACAGUUCUCGGAUUGGCAAAGAAGAGAGAGUGGCAAUUCAAAUGGCACUGGAUGAUCAUUUUGAUUCCACUGGGAAUCAGAGACUGGUUCUGCACGUAAGAAACUCUCAGAGGAAGCCCUUGCAGGCAGCUCUUGCAGCUAAAGGUCUUAUAGACGAGCAAAAAGUGCAAGCCAUUCUAGGACCUCAUACAUGGGAAGAGACGUCAUUAGUAGCUGAGGUUGGCAGUGAGACUCAUACCCCAAUUGUUUCAUUUGCUGAGGCUAAUCCAAUGUGGGCAGCUGAGCUGUGGCCCUUUCUGGUUCAAGCUUCUCAUAACCGGUUGAAACAAAUGGAAGCAAUUGCCGAUAUAGUUCAGUCUUGGGAAUGGCAUCAAGUCACUGUAAUUUACGGAGAUAGAGAUUCUUCAGCCAAUGAAGUCUUACCUCACCUCUCCGAUGCCUUGAGACAAGUUGGUGCAGAAAUUAGCCACCUGGUAGCUCUCCCUCCCUUUGCUUCUUCUUCAUUAAUCACAGAGCUUGAGAAGAUUCAAAAUGACCAAUGUAGAGUCUUUGUUGUGCAUUUGUCUGCGCCAUUGGCAGUGCAACUAUUCGAAAAGGCAAAAGAAAUGAAGAUGAUGGAAAAGGAUUAUGUAUGGAUCACCACUGAUCCUAUUACAAGCCUUGUUCACUCUUUUAAUGCCUCCACCAGCUCCUCAAUGCAAGGGAUCAUCGGAGUCAAGAGCUACUUCCCCGAAAGUGGGAACCAAUUUAAGGAUUUUGAUCAUAGGUUUCGAAAAAGGUUUAGUACGGAAUAUCCUGAAGAUGGUAACAAUGAGCCUGGAAUCUUUGCAGCACAGGCUUAUGAUGCUGCAAGGGCAGUGGCUCAAGCUAUGACAGAAAGCAGCAAGGGAAGGAAAUUGUUAGCAAAACUUUUGCGAAGUGAUUUUCAUGGCUUAAGUGGAAGAAUUAAGUUCAAUGGCCAAAAAUUAGCUCCGCAACAUGUAUUUCAAAUCAUCAAUGUGAAUGGAAAAAGUUACAGAGAAGUUGGAUACUGGUCAGAUGGAUUAGGAUUCUCAGAGACUAUCGGUGAAGGUGCUACUAACAGAUCUUCCAUGAGAUAUUUGGGGCAAGUGUUUUGGCCAGGAGGGCCUUGGUAUACUCCAAAAGGGUGGGCUGUACCAAGAACAAAUGCAAACGUGCUGAGAAUUGGUGUUCCGACAGGAUCAACAUUCAAACAGUAUGUAAAUGUGAAGAAAGAUCCAUUGGGAAAUAACUUUUCUUUCAGUGGAAUUGCAAUAGAUCUCUUCAAAACAACCGUAAAUGAGCUGCCUUACCAUUUGCCCUACGAGUUCUUUCCUUUCGAAGGAACGUAUGAUUCUUUGGUGAAGCAAAUCCAUUUGCAUAAAUUUGAUGCUGUGGUUGGUGAUGUAUCAAUAGUGUCCCGGAGAUAUGAACACGCAGAAUUCACGCAACCCUUUACUGAAUCAGGAUUGAAAAUGAUAGUUCCAGUCAGGUCCAAAACAUGUAACAAAGCUUGGUUAUUCAUGAAACCUUUCACAAAAGCAAUGUGGGCACUUAUAGGAGCCACCAAUGUCUACAAUGGCUUUGUUGUAUGGCUGAUAGAGCGAAACUACCGUCCCGAACUCAAAGGUUCUGUGCUAAAUCAAAUAGGAAGCUUGAUUUGGCUAUCUUUCACCACUCUCUUCUCCUUACAAGGAGAUAAGCUGCAUAGCAAUUUGUCUCGGAUGACAAUGGUGAUCUGGCUAUAUAUGGCGCUAAUCAUCACGCAGACAUACACCGCUAACCUUGCCAGCAUGCUCACUGUCCAGCAGCUUGAACCUACCGUAGCAGAUGUUGAUGAACUGCUGCGAACCAACGCCAUGGUUGGUUAUUGUAAGGGAUCCUUUAUUUCAGCCUAUCUAACGGAAGUCUUGCACUUCCACCACAACAAUAUUAUGCAGUUUAACUCCAUAGAAGAAUAUGCUUUAGCCCUCAGACGUAAAGUAAUUGCUGCUGCUUUUCUCGAAGCCCCUUUGGCAAAAGUAUUCCUUGGAAAAUACUGCAAAGCCUUUAUGGAAGUGGGACCGACUUUCAAAGUUGGAGGAUUUGGAUUUGUAUUUCCAAAAGGGUCUAUGUUGCUUCCUAGUGUAACGGAAGCAAUGUUAAAGGUAACCGAAAGGGGUGACCUUCGGACUUUAGAGAACAAGAUGCUGGCCUCUCUGAAGUGCUUGGAUGCAGACACAGAUGGUGCUAAUCCUAGUCUAAGCCCCAACAGCUUUUGGGUACUAUUCGUACUCACAGGGGGGACAUCGACAAUUGGUCUUGUGGUUUACAUUUUUCGCAUUAGUAAAUCAAUUCUUAUAGACAAAACCUACUGGAAGUUAAUAUUGGAUGUAAUGAAACGAUGGGGAAAUCCAAACAGAAGGUGCUCAAGAAAAGACAGCGAUAUUAAUGAAGAAAGUCAUCCAUAUCCUUCGAAUGCAUCUGCCUUGCAGGCUCAAGUCUAGACAUUGAUACCGGUUGCAACAAAAUUAGAUAAACGAAAAGAUUUUUCCACGUAGAUUAGGAUAGAAUUCAGUUUUGCAUAUAAAAGAGUACAACUUUAGCCACUGCAUAGAAAACAUAGGCCAACUCUCUAAUCCAUUACUUUGUGUAACACGUUACCGGCUCGCUAGGAGUUCUUCUUUUCUUUUCGAACUGUUGGCUCGUAUUCAAUACCAUAGAAUAAACAUUGUAAACUUGUAACAGUGUUUUUAAGUACUGAAACUUGUAAUAUAAUUUUGUGAAAAAGAAUAAUCAUCAGUCAA